CUGACCACAUUGAGCGGCAUUUACGAAGAAAAAGUACCUUGUGGAAGAAAAGCUCCCCUUUUCCCCCCAAAAAUAGGAGUUUUUCACCCCAAAAAUUCGUGCGCCUUCUGUUCCCGCUCGAAAGCAUUUAUCUUUCUCCCCUAAAAAAAGGAAGAAGAAAAAAAAACCCUAAAAAUGGAGCACACACGUUGGAAUUCGAUCGCCCCAAUUUAUCAUUAGUUCCAGACGUGAAAUAUUAACGCCGGAUUAAUGUGAAUUUUCCACUCUUCGUGAUUAUUUAUUUCCGAAAAUACUUCACGGAAAAAUUAAUCUAUUUAUUGUGUAUGAGUAGCCCCCCGUCCCUGCUAUUGGAUCCUUAAAUUAUUGUGCUCAACGUGAGAAUGUGGAACAAUUGAUUUGCGGAAGGAAAUCAGUGAUUUUUGUGGGAGAGAAAUUGAUUCCAAAAAAAAUCCAACUUUAGUUCAUGAAUCAGUUGUGGAUUAGCAUUUAGUGGCAAUUGAGGGGAUUUUUCUUCGUUGCAAAUGGAAAUUCCCGAUACCGGUGCCGUGUUCACGCUAGGACAGUCACACCUGUCCGAUGACCAUCAACACUACUUCUUCAUUCGUAACGAUGCAAUUGUCACCGUCAAUGCGGGUCGGAAUGGGCAGAGUGCCGUCAUUUGCCGAUCCGGCCGGUGCUUCGUGUGGGGUACAAAUGAGCACGGAGAGCUGGGAAUCGGGCAGACAGACAGGGACAUCAUAACAAAGCCAACGUGCAUAAGGGACAUCAAAAAUCUCGGCUACAAAAUCACCCACAUGGUCUUCGGCAAGGGAUUCUCCGUCAUUGCCACGCUUGAUAAUCGAAUUUUCUUCUGUGGUCGCAACAUCCUCCCCACAAACUUCCUCUGUAGCCUCAAGGAAUCCCCCCACACCCACUUCUCCACCCCACUCUCCAUGACUGAGGACAUCAACAGUGAUUUAGCGGAAGUCACUCAUCUCGCAGCAGGUGCAUCACAUUUUGCCCUCAUUUCAGGUGGAGACAAAUUAUUAAUUUGUGGGAACUUCACGGAGACACCACCUGGUGACCUCAAAACAUUUGAACUUAAUGAAAACUUUAUGCCGUACAUUUUGGAAUGUGGCUCCACUUUCACACUCCUCGUAGCAGCAGGAAAUGACAUCUCAACGGUGUACAUUGUGGGUCAUUUUGGGGGUAAGACCUACGUGGAGCUGACCCAACUACGAGACUUCCACCCAGAGUGCCGAAUCACUUCAAUUCACAUUUCACCACGUGAUGAGAUUUUUCUCCUGACCGGUGAGGAUUUUCUCUACAAAUGCUCCCAAUUGCGGGAAUUAUUUUUCGAGAGGAUCACCCUGGCACCCAAUGGGGAGAAGAUGCAGUACCUCACAACUGGUACGGAUGCAAUGUCCUUCCUGACUGAUGAUCAGAGAUUCUUCACGACAAUGGCAUCCCCACGUGAAAUGCGGAGGGAGGAGAAUUUCCGGGAAUUGACUAAAUUCAAACCAAUGGAUGUCCUGCAGAUCUCCUCGGGGCUCCAUCAUAUGCUAAUCCGUGCGGUGAAGAAUGAGAAGAAGGCCUUCGUGACGCGCCAGAGGAUUCCCAAUGCCCUGACCAAUGGGAACACCGAUCACAAUCUCAAUAAUCUCAAUAAAACCUUCACAAAGAUCGAUUCGAAGGAUUUCGUCAACAACAUCAACGGGACGGCGGUUAAUGGUGUCAAUGGGGAUGGUCAGGAAGCCACAACGAAGGAUAUUCCUCGCCCCGAAGGUACCACAUCGACGGAUUGUAUCUCAGAGGAUUCCAAUUCCAGUCGAAAGUCCUCCGUUUCGAGUGCAAAACAGCCCAAGAAAUCCCCGGAGAAUAGGAAAAAAUCCCGCGAGCUGAAGGUUGAGCAAGAGCUGGCGCGAGAUGAGAACAUGAAAGUCGUGAAGAUUCUAGAUCCCAUUGAGGGGGAGAUUUAUCAAUGUAUCCGGAAUAAUGGGGAAGCUGUGGAGAAUUUCAUUGCAAGUGAGAAGCACAAAGCUUCCAUUCGCUUCUAUGACAAUGGCAUUGAUAAAACCCGAGCUGAGCAUCAGCGGAAGGGUAGCAUUGUGGACACAGUGCUGGGGGAACGUCUGGAGGAUCGCUCACUGCGGAAGAUGGCUGAUGUGAAGGAUGAAACAAUGGAGUACCUCAAGGGAAUGGUGGAUGGGUUGAAGAGUGAGACAAGGCGAAAAACACCAAUCCCCGAGAAGGAGGAAACCCCCUCAAAGGAAGCCGAAGAUGAGGAUGAACAAACAACGGCAUCACUCAAUUCCAAGACAGACGGGGAUGACCCAAAAAGUCCCGAUGAGAAACCACAGGGAUUCAUGAAGCAAGUCCUACGGGAUCUACGGAAUGCAAAGAAGGAAUUUUCCUGCAAAAAUGCAGAUGCCAUUGAGGAGGCAUCAAAGGAUUCUGAGGAAAUCAGAGAAAUCACCAAAUCAAAGGGAAAUACAAAAUCUGAAUUUUGCUCAAUUCUCUAGAGACCCGGAUGUGGAAAAACCCUGCCGGUGGAUUGUUCCGGGAAAGAAUACCCACGGAUUAACAUAACCUCAAAAGCAUGUUGGCACAUCUUUUACAUUAAAUAUCAAAUAAACACUGUAAAUUUAUACAAAAACU